CAAGCUCCGCCCACACUCUGAUAGCCUUCAAUGGCAAGUUACCGGAGGCUGCUCCACUUCCGGGCCGCGAUUUAUUAGAGGCUCUGUGAGGUUCGUGGCGAUGUUCUGUAUGACGUGUCCUCCUCGUGGCCGAUGAUCCGCCGGCUCUCAGACGACCUUCAGCAUGCGCUGCGCUCCGGGGUCGCAAUCACGUCUGCCGGGCAAUGCGUGGAAGAGCUUCUCCUGAACAGCAGCGACGCGGGGGCCACGUGUGUAGCGGUGCGCGUGGAUCUGGAGGCGCUCAGAGUCCAGGUGGUGGAUAAUGGCAGCGGAUUGGCCGAAGCAGACAUGGACGCCGUGGGAACGCGCCACUUCACCAGCAAAUGCCACUCCGUGAAGGACCUGGAGGAUCUGAGGUUCCACGGGUUCCGCGGAGAGGCGAUCGCCAGCAUCGUGGACGUGUCCGGCGUGGUGGAAAUCACGUCCAAGCACAGGGACGCGCAGAAAACGCUCACCAAGCUGUUCCGGAACGGUCGGCCGCUGCAUGCGCGGGAGGCAGACGUGCAACGGCCGAGCGCGGGUACCACGGUAACCGUGUGCAGCCUGUUCUACAACCUCCCGGUCCGCAGGAAGCGCGUGGACUGCGUUCUGGAAUUCGAGAGAAUACGGCGUCGAGUGGAGGCCACGGCCCUCGCGCAUCCCCGUGUCUCCUAUUCCCUGAAGAACGAUGCCCUGCACUCCGUGGCUCUGCAGCUGCCCAAAGCCUGCGACGUGCGCUCGCGCUUCUGCCAGAUCUUUGGGCUGCCACGGGGCGAGAAGCUGCGGGAGAUCCGCCACGCGUGGAACGGCUUUCACAUGCAAGGCUUCAUCAGCUGCGAGGGCCACUCCAGCAAGUGCAUGCAGUAUCUGUACGUGAACGAGAGGCUGGUGCUGGGGACCCGGCUCCACAAACUGGUGGACUCUCUCAUGAGGCAGGAGAGCGUGGUGUGCCGGGCCGGACAUGCGUGGUCGGGGAAGCUCCACGCCAUCUACGUGCUAAACAUUCAGUGCGGUUACCGCGAAUACGACGUCUGCUUCGAGCCGGCAAAGACCCUCAUCGAGUUCCGGGACUGGGAGUCCGUGGCGGGCGGCGUGGGAGACGCCGUGAGAGGCUUUCUGAGGAGGGAGAGUCUGUUCUCGGAGCCACGGGAGGCCGAUGCGGCUGAACUCUGUGAGUGGCCUCCGGCCGCCCACGAGUCUCCAAUUCUGGCGAAUCGUAGCCUAGAGAUUUUCUGUCCCACGGAUAAUCGUCACUCAUCAAAUCUCACUUCCAAUCCCGUUCGGAGGCGUUCAGAGGAGCCACGUGAGCAAUUUGGCCACCAGAGUGAGUGCUGCCACUCCAGCGUUCCCUCACUAAUCGAGAACCCAGAGGGGAGUGGGGGCGCCACGUAUCCCUCACUAAUCGAUAACCCAGAGGGGAGCGGGGGUGCCAUGUGUCCCUCACUAAUCGAGAACCCAGAGGGUAGUGGGGGUGCCACGUGUCCCUCACUAAUCGAGAACCCAGAGGGUAGUGGGGGUGCCACGUGUCCCUCACUAAUCGAUAACCCAGAGGGGAGCGGGGGUGCCACGUCUUCCUCUGUCCUCGAGAUCCCAGAGGGGAGCGGGGGUGCCACGUGUCCUUCACUAAUCAAGAACCCAGAGGGGAGUGGGGGUGCCACAUAUCCCCUUGUGACCGCUGAAUGCGAUCCUUUAGAUGCCGCCAAGGGGCCCGUAAUGAAUACGAGAGCUUCCGCUGACUGCUGCCCAGCCCACGGUUCCGAUGCACCGCGUGGCGUCCGCCGUCUCCCUGAAGCAAAUCGGUGGCGAACGUUAUUUCGCAGACCCGGCCCCGUAAGUGCCGAGGAAAUCUUUGGGAGACGACCGGACGCUGAGGUGAUGAUGACUGCACGGUGUGACCCACGCAGAGACACCACAAGUCCCACAAACGUGUCUCAAACAGUGGGACUGGCCCCCCGGACAGGGUCCUUGAAGCAGUUUAGGAGGCUCUAUGGGAGAGCGCAGAGCCCCUCGUGGACAGACAGGCGGGAAAGUAAAGAAAGCGGCUCGAGAAUUUUUGGCGGUCGCUUACAGACGCCGGCUGGGAGCCGAGUGGAAGGCGCCGUGGUGUCAGACGUGGACGGCAGCUGUCAAACAGCUCAUCUGAAAAGAGACGUGUCCGGUCCACGCGAGACACGCAGAUCACUGACCGCAAAACUGAGCAGGAAGAGAACAGAAGCUGGAGACUCCGGCGCCAGAGAGACUCCUUCCCGUGGCCAGGCGCCACCAUCCGGACAUGGCGGUGUCGGUAACGAGCUUGUAGAUCAGAUCCGUGGCACGCAGCAGGGCCCAGGGCCAAAUUCAGUCUGUGGUCCAGGAACUGCUGUGUCCGUGUCCAGCUCCGUGUCUUCUGAUUGGCUUCAUUGUUACGAAGCGUCUCUCGGGAAGAACGUCUUUGUUAAUAAAUCCACGGGACUCAGCAGUUACCACGGCCCACGGAGAGAGAUGAAGACUGUCUGCCGAACCGGUCCAACCAGCGCAGCUGCGAGCGUGGCCUCCACCGGCGUGUCCCUGCGCCACGAGGAAGUGUCCCUGCGCCACGAGUACGUGUCCCUGCGAUCGGCUUUCACGCAAUGGGAGAAUCCAGUCUUUGAACGCCGUCCUUUAGUGGGGGUGAACGUGAGCCGUGGACACUCGGACGCCGUGGCAGUGAAGAUUCACAACAUACUGCAUCCGUAUCGCUUCACCAAGCAGAUGAUUCACUCCAUGGAGGUCCUGCAGCAAGUCGAUGGGAAAUUCAUUGCGUGUCUGAUGAGCACCGGAGAGGAAAGUGGCUUCGCAGGAGGAAACCUGCUGGUGCUGGUCGAUCAGCACGCGGCCCACGAGCGCGUCCGUCUGGAGCAGCUGAUUGCAGAUUCCUACGAGGCGCUGAGUGAACACUCCGGGGAGAAGCGGCUGAAGGUGGCUGUGGUGGAGCCUCCACUGGAGCUGGAUGUCACGGACGAGCAGCAUCGACUUUUCAGGGCUUUUGCCAGCCACUUCCGGAAGCUCGGCCUCUGCCUCCGGUUCCCAGAUGCCGGGGUGCAACGUGUCCUGGUCACGGAGGUUCCCUUGUGCUUUUUGGAGAAAGAAGCCACCGAAACACAACGCAGGAGAUCACCAGUUGCAAGGAAAAUGGUGGAGGAUUUCCUGCAGGAGCACGUGGAGUUGCUGCGGACGGCAGGAGCCACGCAUGGGCCGAUCCCGCGCACCGUACUGAAGGUGUUGGCAUCGCAGGCGUGUCACGGUGCCGUGAAAUUUAACGACCCCCUGACGGUGGCCGAGUGCAGACACCUGAGCCGGGCCCUGUCACGCUGCCACCUGCCCUUCCAGUGCGCCCACGGGAGGCCGGCCAUCUUGCCGCUGGCGGAUAUCUCUCACCUGGAGCAGCAGGUCACGGCGAAACCCAACGUGAGACGCCUGGCGAGAGAACGGAGAGCGUGGGAGCUGCGCAGGAACCGCUCCCCCUCCACGGCGCAAAUAAACCACGCCGCACACGCGUGAAUAAAGAGCCGCCGACGCACUGA